AUCAAGCAGAGUUGCACCCAAAUUAUUCGGCGCCUAUAUAUCAAGCGCGGGUUCUCCUCUCGCUCUCUAGUCUCUACUAUGUCCCCAUUUAGCUUCUCGCAUCAACACCAAUGAACUUCGUUUUGUUGUCAUGGCGGCAUUUCUCAAAUUGAAAAACUCUUUUCACAGACUCAAACCCUUUUUUGUGCUUCAGAGGUCCUGUCACACUUUCCUUGAAGGAGUUUCGGAAGCUGAUUUGUUUGCUGAGCUAGGUCCCAAAUCAAUGGCGGCACCUGUGGAUGCUGACACUUCAAAAUGGAAAAAUGUGGAUUCGAGGUCUCUUGGAAUAACGUUGUCGAUGAUACCGUAUGCACCGAGGACUGUUAUUAGGAUUCUACAAAGUGAAGGUUAUGAUGCUUACUUGGUUGGUGGAUGUGUUAGAGAUCUAGUGCUGAACAAAAUCCCCAAAGAUUUUGAUGUUGUUACAACUGCAAAGCUGCAAGAGAUCAAGAAAAAAUUUCAUCGUGCUUUUAUAGUGGGGCGAAGAUUUCCAAUUUGUAGGGUUCAUGUCAGAGAUUCUGUAAUUGAGGUAUCUAGCUUUGAAACAGUAGCAAACCAUGGCAAAGGGAAAGAACAAGACCAUUUGUCCGAGAUGCCUGAAGGUUAUGACAAAAAGGAUUUCAUGCGCUGGAGAAAUUCUUUCUGUCGAGAUUUUACAGUCAACAGUUUGUUCUAUGAUCCAUUUGCGCAUAAAGUAUAUGAUUAUUCCGAUGGAAUCGCAGAUUUGACGGCCAUGAAGCUACGGACUCUAGUUCCUGCUCAUUCUUCAUUCCAAGUGGAUUGUGCACGAAUAUUGCGAGGACUAAGGAUUGCUGCUCGUCUAGGAUUAUCAUUUGCAGAAGACACAGAGAAAGCAAUAUGCGAUCUCUAUGCUUCUGUUAAGAAUUUGGAUAAGGCCAGGUUGAUGAUGGAGAUGAAUUAUAUGCUAUCAUAUGGAGCUGCUCACUCUUCCCUCCUCCUGCUUAAGAAAUUCAAUCUUCUCGAAAUGUUACUUCCAUAUCAAGCUGCUUACCUUGCUGACCACUCUGUUGGACAAACUCCUACAAUGUUGAUGAAACUGUUCAGUAAUCUGGAUAGCUUGGUUUCAUGUGACCAGCCCUGUGAUUCUGUCUUGUGGGUAAGCCUGCUGGUGUUCCACCUUGCAUUGGUCAAUAAUCCUCAAGAUGCUCUUGUAAUUGGGACGUUUGCUUCUCUUCUAUAUCAUGGUACGUGGAGAGAAGGUGUUAAAGCUGCUGGAGAACUUUCUGGAGGGCAAGUUAAUUUUGCGCCGGAGAUUUGUAUUUCUUCUGAUGAUUUAGCAGACGAGAAACUUGCACAAAGAGUUUCUAAAUUUGCUUCAGUUGUCCUGGACUCUAUAUCUGCUCUGAAUGAUGCUAAACGUCUUCGUAAAAUCAUGGGUCGUUGCCCAUCUUCUUCACGUCCGAUUGUGGUAUUUAUAUCAAAAAAUGCUGGUAAAGCAGCAGCUGAAAUUUUUGAUGUGCUGGUGGAUGACAUCAGGUCUCUCAAGGAGAAAAGGCGCUGUUAUAGCAUUGAUUAUGAAUUACUUGGGAAGGGAGAUGUAGUGGAGACUAGAUUUGCUCUUGGCAAGGUUAUCAUGGACACAAUGAGGGGCGGCAUCACCCGGAAUCGGAUCAAGCUUCUUUCAGAGAAGAAAGAUGAAUUUUAUGCAUGUAAACCGAAAGUGGAGCUAGGGAAGCCAAAUUCAAAGAAUCUCAAAGAGAUACAAAGUUCCAAGGGAAGCGCAAAGCGCAUAUCAGAUGGGCCUGAUGAUCCACUAGACCACCAAAAAAUCAAGAAACAGAAGCAGAGCAGUAAGACAAAUGCUCAGAAGCAGCAAGAGCUCUAUAAGGAAACGUUUGGGGAGAUUUUAAGCUGCCAGGGUAUUUCAAAGAGAACGCAGCGGCUGAAGAAAGUGGUGGUGAAAGAUGUCAAUAAACUUCUUUCGUUGCAGAAAGUGAUGCCUCAGCAAGAUGCUAAGCUAGAAAUUGGACAGCAUUUUGAUGUCCGGACACCCAUGGAGAUAUCUACCAUGCUAGAAAAGGUACCUACAACGCCGGAACAACACCAGACUCCUAUUCCCAAUGGGAUUUUGGAUGUGCUAGGAAAUGCAAACAGAAUGGGGAAACAACGUAAUGCUCAGGCUCCUGUAGAGACAUUCGGUGUGCUAGAAAAUGCUUCCAAUAUACUAAAACAGCAUAAAGCUCAGGCUCCUACUGAGAUGGUGGAUGUGCUAAAACUCUCUAACCUCUUGGAUGGAGACAAGGAUUCUAUAAAGAUAUAUAGUAAGCCAGAAAAGCAUACAAUCAAGGGAAAGCCAUGCCGAGAUGAGACUAAAAAGACAAAGAAAACACCAAAACUGUCUAGCAUAUUUAAAUGAGUUUUGACAAGCUCAUUGGUCUCCAACCUGUGAGAGUACAGAGUUCAUCUCACUUAAUAGGCAAUGCAGGCUCUGGACAAAGUCACAAAGACCACCAGCUUGGAAAUUUCCAUGUUGUGAUCAUUUUCUCCACACGUUCGGCCUUUGCAUGGUUUUCACUUGUCAUAUCUCUAUUAUAUAAGCCAAGGGGGAGCUAUGGUGUCCCCUCUUGAAAAGACUUUUUAACCCUUCAUUCAAUAAAAAUACUUACCUAUUAAAAUUUUGAUAUUUUCCUCAA